CUGGGCUCCUGCACUGGGCCUCACUGUGACUGGGUCCUGCCUUCCCUACCAUGUCUCAGGCUCCUACUAGGACAAAGUCUGCAGCCCCAGUGUCACUGCUGGGGGACAGCUCCUGCCUCUCUGAUGCUCUGAGGGGGCUCAUUGACAACCCUCAGUUCAGUGAUGUGACGUUUGUGGUGGGGAAGGAAAGGCAGACGAUUCACGCUCACCGGUGUAUCCUGGCAAGUCGUUGCAAGGUUUUCCAUGGGAUGUUUAGCCAACAGCUGCAAGAAGCUAACCCAUCUCAGGAGCUGCAGGUUCCCUUCAUCUUGGCAGAUAUGCAGCCUGAAGUCUUCCUGGCAAUGAUGGAAUUCCUGUACACAAACAGUGUGACCCUCAACAGUAUCAUUGCUCUAGAAGUUCUAACGUCAGCUGUGGAAUAUGGGCUAGAUGACCUGAGAAAGCUAUGUGUGGAGUUCAUCAGUAAGACGUUGACUGUGGAGUUGGCCUUUGAGGCUCUGCAGGCAGCGGUCACUUACGGACAGACUGACCUGCGGCACAAGUCUUUGACAUUCAUUGAACGCUUCACUCAGGAAAUUAUUAAGACUCAGAGUUUCCGUGAGCUCUCAGAAAUGGGACUUCUGUGCAUCCUACAAAGUGACCGCUUGACCAUUGACGAAGUCCCUCUUAUUCAGGCCGUGCGGGAAUGGGCCCAUGUCAGCUCAGUGGUGCUUGAUAUACCAGUCUACACUGUUGCUUUGGAAGUCGUGCGGGAGUUGCGUCUUUUCCUUUUGUCCCCAGAAGAGCUAACAUCUGUUGAAAAAGAAAACAGCAACGAUAAGCUCAUACCGGAAAGCUACAUUGCGCAGGCAUGGAAAUUCCACGCACUUAAGAAAAUUGGUGAAUCCCAAUCACAUUUAUUCCACCGUCGCAAGGGUACACUGCUGCGUGAGCAUCACCGCUACCUGGAACCUCUCUGCAAGUGACCGUGUGUACUGGAAAUUAUGGGCCUGUUUACAGCUUGAGACACCGUUGGUGAUCAUCAUAGGACCAGAGUGUCAAUUAGAAAAACAUUGCUUUAUGCACAGAAACGUGCUACCUUAUACUGAAGUGCCUCAUAAAUCAAGAGAAUGAUAUUUUAAUUUUUUUUCUUUAUUUAAAGCAAUUGUUCUUAGAAAGAUGUAUUUUUAUAUAGCUAUAUAUUUUAUUUAUAAUGCAUCAGCAGCAAAUGCAGUUUGUACGAGAUAAAUAAAUGACUCCAUGUGUACGAUGCGUGUGCACUCUCGCCAUUACAGCAUUGCAUAAACCAAAAAAAAACCUUCAUGUUAUUGGUUUACUUUCGAUACUUAGGGGCCGAAUUAUUAAAGGAAUGGUAAAGUCAAUGCUAUUUACGAUGCAGCAAUGCAAAAUAUAUAUAAAUGCAAGUUUAAACGCUAGUUUAUUGGGGGUUUUUUAGAUAAAGGCAUUAUCUAUUAUUAACCUCUUCUAAUCUUUCUCUGUUAUGAGAGCCAACUCCGCUCCAUGUUAAUUUUAGUUUUCAUCUCAGUGACUUGCGCGGCAGUCCCACCUGCUGUACACGUCUCUGCGCGCUCCCGAUAUGGCUAUUAAAGAGCGCAUGCGCAAAUUCCGAUUUGUCAAUGAACAAAGUAAACAUUGAAUCAAGAGAUUCAUUGUUUACUUCGUUCACGGAUAGCGCACAAGAACGCAGUAUUGAAAGUUAGCAUUGUAAUUAUCUGACCACAAACAAUAUUAAUUUUAUAACACUCGUUUUCAUAAAUUACCAAUUAUUAUUCCUUAUUAAUUUCAAAAUUAAGAUUUGUAAUCUUUAUUUUCUCAAGAAACUUAAAUUUAACAUAAUUAUAUAUAAAAACAUUUCAAUAUUUGCUAAAAUAUUAUUUUAAUUUUUUUGUUUUAUUAGUAACAAGAAUAAAAAAUAUAUAGCUUCAAAAUUCGUGGGAUAUCAAUAAAAAGGAAAAUUGAACAAUACUUACUGUAUCUGCUAGAAGUAAACAAUGAAUCGAUGGGCAUGAAAUUAUUCAAUGUUUACUUUGGCGUAGCCCGACAAUUUCGAUUAAGCGGUGUACGCAUGCGCAAAAAAAAAUUGUGGACGCGCAUCGUGUAUAAAUAACAUCUUGUCAUUUAUAACUUGCGGAUAAGGAAUUUAGUUUUCACAUGCGCAUAUGUAACCACAACGCUAUUGCCUCCCAUAAUGAGGGCAAACAAGCCCGUAGACACGCAUUUUCAUUGGAUGUGUCAGAGCUAGUGAUUUAUUGCUGCGAGGGGGGGCCGGCGGGGGAUCGCGGCCAACAUAGGGGUAAAUUAUAGAUUAUCUUUAUAUUUUACAUAGACUACAUUAAACGAAAAUAGAAUUGGAAAUUGAUUUAGUGACAAACUAAUGGUUAGUAAAGGAUGUUAGAAUAGUGUUUACCAUUCCUUUAAGCUGAAACAAAAGUUAAGAAGCAGCGGUCUUAAGACGGCUGCUCCUUAACUCGUCCGCCACCUCUGAGGUGGCGGAUAGCAAUCAUCCCGAUCGGAUACUAUCGGGAUGAUUGACACCCCCUGCUAGCGGCCGAUUGGGCGCGAAUCUGCAGGUGGCGGAACUGCACAAGCAUUUCAUAAGGAAUGCUUGUGCAAUAAUAAAUGCCGACAGCAUAUGCUGUCGGCAUUUAUUAUUGUGGGGUGGACAUUGUUAAAUCGGCCCAUAAGCCUUCAAGAUGCAAACCAGGAAACAUUGAGCAUGGUCCGUUGCAGCUUAGGGGAUAAAGUAUGCAGCACCAACCAUCUGGCAUUAUUUUGGCUUUGGCCAAAAAAGAACAGGGCACCUGAUGUUUGAAUUAUAAAUCCAACAUUUCUCAAAUUUCAUUUUAUUAUAUUUUAUGUAUAUUUUUUAGUACUGCUGUUAUGAUGUUGUAUAUUUGUUGGGUGGGUUACUGUGUAAGUCUAAAUGACAUUGUGAUGUUGGAUACAAUAAUAAAUAUUCUGUUUCCUAGCAA